AUGGCGUCCACGUACUACCAGGAAGAUCAGAAGAGCAUCCGCUCCUCCUCUGGGGAGAAGGAUGCCGAGAAGGGGGUGCCCGACGUGGCCACCGCCGAGGCCAUCGCUAUAGCUGACUUCGAUGAUCCCAACAUCGACCGCGAUGAAGCCAUCGCUGGUGUCCUUGAGGACGACUCUCCAUAUCCUGAAGUCCGUUCCGCCGUCGCGAACACGGACGACCCUGACAUCCCUGUCUCCACCAUCCGCGCUUGGUUUAUCGGAAUCGUUUGGGCCAUCCUGAUCCCCGGUCUGAAUCAAUUCUUCUUCUUCCGAUAUCCUUCGGUCACCGUCGGCGGUAUCGUUGCUCAACUCCUUUCGUUCCCCAUCGGUCGUCUCUGGGCAAGAUAUGUCCCCAACGUCAGGAUCUUCGGCAAGCCGCUCAACCCCGGCCCAUUCUCGAUCAAGGAGCACGUUUUAGUGACCAUCAUGGCCACUGUCGGUGCUUAUUCCGCCUACGCUACCGACAUCGUCGCCGUCCAGCGCGUCUACUACAACCAGAACUACAAUUUCGGCUACCAAUGGAUGAUCGUCAUGUCGACACAACUUAUCGGUUUCUCCAUCGGUGGCAUCGCGCGUCGGUUCCUCGUCCAACCCCCCUCCAUGAUCUGGCCCGCCAAUCUCGUCACAUGCGCCCUUUUCAACACUCUGCACUCGACCGACUAUGCUGGUGUUGGUAACCGUGGAGGCAUGUCCCGUGAACGCUUCUUCUUCAUCUGUUUCGCCGGGUCGGUCGCCUGGUAUUUCAUCCCCGGCUACCUCUUCACCGCCCUCAGCUACUUCAGCUGGGUCUGCUGGAUCGUCCCCGACAACAUCAUCGUCAACGAGUUGUUCGGUACCACUCAUGGGCUCGGUAUGGGCCUCCUCACCUUUGAUUGGGCCCAGAUCGCGUACAUCGGAUCUCCCCUGGCUACACCUUGGUGGGCCGAGGCCAACAUCGCCGUCGGCUUCAUGUUCUUCUUCUGGUUCCUCACACCCAUUCUCCACUUCUCCAACGUCUGGCAGAGCAAGUACAUGCCCAUCUCCUCCCGCGGCAGCUUCACAAACACCGGCGCCCGCUACGAUGUCCAGAAGAUCAUCAACGAGGACUCGAGCUUCAACCAGGAGGCGUACAGUGCUUACAGCCCUCUCUACCUGUCCACCACCUUCGCUAUUUCCUAUGGGUUGUCAUUCGCCUCGAUCACCGCCACCCUCACGCACGCCUUCCUGUACUUCCGCAAGCAGAUUUGGACUCAGUCUAGGAAGGCCAUGAACGAGCAACCGGAUAUCCAUGCCCGAUUGAUGUCAAGAUAUCCCCAAGUGCCCGAUUGGUGGUAUGCCGUCGUUUUCCUGACUCAAUUUGCCCUCGGUGUCAUCGCCAUUCAAUGCUGGCCCGUCGGCUUCCCCGUCCAAUGGUUCAUCCUUGCCCUGGUCAUUGCCUUCGUCUAUGUCAUCCCGAUUGGAAUGAUCCAAGCCAUCACUAACCAGCAAGUUGGACUCAACGUCAUCACGGAGCUCAUCAUCGGAUACGGCCUCCCCGGCCGCCCAGUCGCCAUGAUGAUGUUCAAGACCUGGGGCUACAUCACCAUGGCCCAAGCCCUCACUUUCACCGCCGACUUCAAACUCGGGCACUACAUGAAGAUCCCCCCUCGCAUCAUGUUCACCGCCCAGGUCUUCGCCACCAUCCUCGCCGGCACCGUCCAACUCGGCGUGCAGUCGUGGAUGUUCACCAACAUCCCUGGGAUGUGCUCGCACGACCAGAAGGACGGCUUCAUCUGCCCGGGGACUGAGGUCUUUGGAACCGCUAGCGUGGUUUGGGGAGUCAUCGGCCCGGCAAGACAGUUCUCUUACGGUCAAAUCUACUAUGGCCUUGUCUACUUCUUCCUAGUCGGUGCCAUCUGCCCGACCAUCGUCUACUUCGCCACCAAGAAGUGGCCCAACAGCUUCCUCCGCUACAUCAACUUCCCCGUCAUCUUCUCUGGUACCGGUUCUAUCCCACCAGCCACCGCCAUCAAUUAUGUUCCCUGGGCGAUUGUCGGGUUCAUCUUCCAAUACGUCAUCCGCCGCCGUCAUUUCUCCUGGUGGACCAAGUACAACUAUGUCUUGUCUGCCGCCUUGGACGCUGGUGUAGCCAUCGCCGCCGUCCUCAUCUUCUUUACGCUGCAAUAUCCUGCAGGCGGCCACAUUGGCGAAAAUAACAUUAAUGUUUGGUGGGGAAAUACUGUCUACACAAAGACCGCCGACGGUCGCGGCACCCCCCUCCUCACAGUCGCAGAAGGCGAAUUCUUCGGCCCCAGGACUUGGGCCUAA